UGUUACCUAAUAAAAGAGAAGAAGAGUCAUGUGAUCAACCCAUGAUCAAAUGCGGAAGUUGCAUUUUGAGUUCUAUGAAGAACCGUCUCAUUCAUAGUAAAGAGAAAACCAGCUUUUAUUGGAGUUAUUGAUCUUUGCCAUGGACGGUUUGGCCAAAACAUCGCAUAGCAGCACCUCUUGUGCAGCGCCGGAUUUCAGAGGUAAUGAGAGUUCCCUGGCGUCUGCCCUCAAAACUCUCCUCUUCUUCACCGUCCUGAUGGUCACUGUGCCCAUUGGCUUAUACUUCGCAUCAAAGGCUUAUAUAUUUGAAGGUACAAUGAAGAUGUCCAAUUCAGACAGCUACUUCUAUGCUGCCAUUGUUGCUGUGCUUGCUGUGCACGUAGUCCUGGCUCUGUUUGUGUAUGUAGCCUGGAAUGAAGGACCUCCCAAGAGCAAAGGCAAACAUGACUAACCUGGAGCCUGCUACACUCCAACCCCGACCACCAGACCAUAAGUUAGAGCAGGGGGCAGUCAAACCCCCGCCCCCCGUCCUCACCACAGCUCCCCAGCCCAAACCUAGGACCAUCUGUCCUGAAGGGCCCUUCUCUCUGGGAGUCCAGCCUCGGUUGUUUCUCCAGUGUUGACAGGAAGUCCAUGCUUCUUGUAGAAAAACGGUUUACCAGUUUUCUAUUUAACGGUGACACCUUUGUGUCUCUUUGCUGCUCUCUAGUAAAGGCUGUGACCUCACGUACACCCUGUAAUUGAAAGGUGUAGAUUGAUACACUGUUUAGCUACAGUGGUGGUUAAAUGGGAAACCCCUUUGUUUGUUUUUUUGUUUACAACACGUUAAUACGGUAGUGAUAUGAUUAUUCUGUCUCUGUAAAUGUUAUUUAUGUGACUUGGUAUUCCGUCAUGACCCGUAAGUCGAGUAUUAGAACUGUAGCAUUAUUAAGAUACUCCUGCUGUUUUUUUCUCAUUGUGAUUCCCUGUGGAUAUUUGUUUUUCUAGAAAAAACAAAAAUGUCUUACUUUACCAAAUAAUAAAG